AUUCUGUCUUUUCUGUGCAUAAUGUUUACUCCGGUGUUUUAUUCACGUUUUCGCGAGUUUCUUUAUAUUUUGUCUACCACAAACGAUUUCAAUUAUUAUCACAGAUCUUAUGUACACGUAUGUCACCAGCAAGUUGUUAAUGUGGCUUUCCUUAAAGUUCAUAAAACUGGCGGAACCACUGUGAGUAAUAUAUUUUUACGAUAUGGAGAUUCGCGUGGAUUAAAUAUUGCUUUACCAAAACUUAGCAAUCCAAAAUGGAAAUAUCUCGGAUUUAAUACAGUUUUACAGAAAGAAAGGAUUUUCCCUAUUCCGCCAAAUGAAACAUACAAUAUAUUAUGUAAUCACGCUAUUUACAGUGGAAAUAGUUUUAGAGAACUACUUGGAGCAGAUGUGGUAAACAUAGGAAUAAUUCGAGAACCUGUUUCACAGUUUGUCUCGGCAGCACAUUUCUUUGGAUUAUUAAGAGAAUUACAGUUCAAACUUAAAAAUAAAAACAAAAGUGAAUUAAUUUCAAAGUUUUCAAAAAAUACCAAUUUAUGUCCAGCUUCAUUAAAGAUUUACAUGCACAAUAGGAUGUCAUUUGACUUUGGACUUAAAGCGAAAGACUUUGACAAUGAGACAGCUAUUAACGAAUACCUGAGAUCACUGGACCAAGAUUUUGCUCUUGUUAUUGUGACAGAAUAUUUUGACGAAUCCUUGGUUCUCCUAAAAAGAAUUCUAUGUUUGAAUUUAAAAGAUGUAUUAUAUAUACCAUUGAAUGUUAACACAAGGAAGAAACGAGAACCAAUCAAAGUGUCCGAGGAAGACAAGUUCCACAUCCGCAAAUAUAACCACGCCGACUUCAGACUAUAUCAGUAUUUUAAAGAUAAAUUAAUUAAACAACUUCACCAUAGUGGUCAUAAUAUUAAUCAUGAAGUUCAAAAUUUUAAAUCUAUUCGUAAAUCCGUUAUAAAUUUCUGUAAUGAAAGAAAAUCUGAGAAAUUUUCCAAAUCGAAAGUUUUUGAAAUAAGAGAAACAUUUUGGAACGACAAUUUUACAGUCACAACAAAGGAAUGUGAGGUUAUGAUGGAAUAUGAAUUUAGAACAGUAAAAAGAUUAACGAAAAAGGCUGAGGAAAAGUUUAAAAUAAGUAAAAUGUAGCAUUGCAGCGGUCCAAUACAGAGGAAAAGUAUACAUAGCAUAACAGCUGUCUAUAGUACUACAGAGGAAACAUAUGUAUAGAGAAUAAGGUAGCAUAUCAGCGGCGAGGUUCAAACUGCAUAAUUAAAUUAACAUUUUGAAAUAAACAC